AUGUGUGGCAUUUGUUGUGCAGUAAGCUUUUCUGUUGAGCAUUUCAACAAAGAUUUGAAAGAGGAUUUACUGUGUAAUCUUAAACGGCGGGGACCCAACAGUAGUAAACAGUUGUUAAAGUCUAAUGUUAACUACCAGUGUUUAUUUUCUGGUCAUGUCCUUCACUUAAGAGGUGUGUUGACUGCCCAGCCUGUUGAAGAUGAAAGAGGCAAUGUAUUCCUGUGGAAUGGAGAAGUCUUUAGUGGAAUAAAGGUUGAAGCUGAAGAGAAUGAUACCCAAAUAAUGUUUAAUUAUCUUUCCUCUUGUAAGAAUGAAUCUGAUAUUUUGUCACUCUUCUCAGAAGUCCAAGGUCCUUGGUCUUUUAUAUAUUAUCAAGCAUCUAGUCAUUCUUUGUGGUUUGGUAGGGAUUUUUUUGGUCGUCGUAGCUUGCUUUGGCAUUUUAGUAGUUUGGGCAAGAGUUUCUGCCUCUCUUCGAUUGGCGCCCAAACAUCUGGAGUGGCCAAUCAGUGGCAAGAAGUUCCAGCAUCUGGAAUUUUCAGAAUUGAUCUCAAGUCUGCUUCCAUUUCCAAAGCUGUUGUUUUAAAAUGGUAUCCUUGGAAAUACAACUCUAGGGAGGAUGUUAUCAAAGAAUGUGUUAAUAGCCUAACUCAAAUUUCAGCAGAUUUGCCAACAUUUGUAUCAGUGGCAGCAAAUGAAGCCAAACUGAAUCUGAAAGAACCUGUUGUCCCUUUAAAUAUGAUUUUGCCAGAAGCCGCAUUUGAGAUCCAUUGCAGUAGCAUUUCCAGCAUCCCACCGUCAAGAGAGACCCUUCAGGUCUUUCUUACUGAUGGACACAUGAAGGAAGUAGUCCAGCAGUUCAUUGAUGUCCUGAGUAUCGCAGUCAAGAGACGUGUCUUGUGUUUACCUAGGGCUGAAAACCUGACACAAAGUGAAGUUUUGAAUACUAGUAACAGGAAAGCAAAUGUUGCAAUCCUAUUUUCUGGGGGAAUUGAUUCCAUGGUUAUCACAGCACUUGCUGACCGUCAUAUUCCUUUAGAUGAACCAAUUGAUCUUCUUAAUGUGGCUUUCAUGACUAAAGAAAAGACCAUACCAGCUGGUUUUAACAAAAAAGGGAGAAAAGAGAAAAAUAAUUGUGAAAAACGCUCUGAAGAAUCCUCUAAAAAUGUCACUGCUGCUGCUGCCACUAAUCCUGGUGAACAAUUCAAUGUACCAGAUCGAAUCACAGGAAGAGCAGGGCUAAAGGAACUACAAGCUGCCAACCCUUCCCGGAUUUGGAAUUUUGUGGAAAUUAAUGUUUCUCUGGAAGAACUGCAAAGAUUAAGACGAACUCGAAUAUCCCACUUAAUUCAGCCCUUGGAUACAGUGUUGGAUGACAGCAUUGGCUGUGCAGUCUGGUUUGCUUCUGGAGGAGCUGGUUGGUUAGUGACCCAAGAUGAAGCAAAACCAUACCAGAGUAGUGCAAAGGUAGUUCUUACUGGAAUUGGUGCAGAUGAGCAGCUCGCAGGUUAUUCUCGUGAUCGUGUCCGCUUCCAGACACACGGGCUGGAAGGACUGAAUAAGGAAAUCGCGAUGGAACUGGGUCGAAUUUCUUCUAGAAAUCUUGGUCGUGAUGACAGAGUUAUUGGUGAUCAUGGAAAAGAAGCAAGAUUUCCUUUCCGGGAUGAAAAUGUUGUCUCCUUUCUAAAUUCCCUACCGGUUUGGGAAAAGGCAAACUUGACUUUAUCCCGUGGAAUUGGUGAAAAACUAAUUUUGCGUCUUGCGGCAGUGGAACUUGGUCUAACAACCUCUGCUCUUCUGCCGAAACGGGCCAUGCAAUUUGGAUCCAGAAUUGCAAAAAUGGAAAAGAAUAAUGAAAAGGCGUCUGAUAAAUGUGGAAGGCUCCAAGUCAUUUCCUUAGAAAACCUUUCUAUUGAAAAAGAGAUUAAAACGUAAUAUUUCA